CGGCUGGAUCGGGCCCAAGGGCGUGUCUCAGUCGCUCGCGCCUCUCUCUCUCUCGCUCGCACGCUCUUUCUGUCCGUCUCUGGCUGGGCCGUUGGGGGCUCGUGAAGCUGGUGCCUUGCAGACUGGGUUGAGAUUGAGGGCAGGUUGCCAAAAGCUGUGGACUGGACCGCAUCACUGCUGAAUGCAGCAGCGACUGUGUCGCGCCCCCUUUUCGGUUUGCUGAAUUCGCGAGCACAUGUUGGCGGGGUGAGGCGAGGGGGAUGAUGGCAGUCUGGUUUCUCCGUCCAGUGGACAUUAUCCAUGCACACCAGUAGCCUGCUGCCUCCUUCUUGCUUUGCCAGUUCCUCUCUUUCUUUUGGCCCUGUGGCACCUGAUCCGCCCUGCCAAUCUCGAAAGCGUGACCCAGCGCCAUGAUGAACCGAAUGUUUCGCCGGCGUUCAUCCAAUCGGCGCGCUCCUGAGGCUGCUGCUGCUGCUGCCAGCGUGGACACGAAUGCGGGCAUCGAUGCUGGGACUGAUGUCAGCCCGAGCGCCUCAUCUGAGCUUGAAGCUUCAGCCUCG